UGAAGUUCCACAAAAAAUCAUGGGUCGUGAUUUAAAAGGGUUGACUUUAUGCUUCGUUUACUCUUCAGACAAACAUUAUCCGGGAUUUGAAGAUUCUCAAAGUCUUAUUGGCAUUGAAGUUAGAAAUCUUACCAAACAAACUGCUUUGCACACCAAGAUAGCAAUUGCCUCCUCAAAACCUUGGAGUAGACCUAAAGACCAUUAUCUUUGGCAGGGACAAUUGUCAAACGAUGUGCUCCAUUUGGAAGGCGGUGACCACGUAUCGAUUCUUGUAAGGCCUGAUGAUAUUGAUUUUGUGAGAGUGAAGAAGACAGGGGUUCAUCUAGAAUGGGACAAAGUCAUGAAGGAAAAUAUGGAUAAUUCGGAUCCUCAUUUGUAUGAUUUGGAAACAAGUCGGGAUUUUUCAGGGGGAGUUGAUGAUGCAUUUGUUCCCAAUCAAACUAGUGUUAUACAUGAACAAUUAGCAGUGGAACCAUAUCCAUAUUUGGAUUUUUUUGGGGGAACUGAUAAUGAGGCGGGACGGAGCCAUGACACAGGGCCGGAUGAGGGAGCAGGACGGAGCCAUGACACAUUUGUUCGGACUAAUCAAUCGAGUGCUGUGGAUGGACAAUUAGCAAUGGAGUUGAUGACUCCAUUUCAAGAAAUUGUACCAUACUGAGCAAGCCAUCAAUGUUGGAGGAAGAAGAAGCCAUGAUGAAGCAGAGAGAAAUUCCAAUCUUAUUUCUAUAUUUCUUAAUCUUUUAAGCUACAGCACGUUAUACAGCUGUCUAACUAAUUCACAUACACUACUGACAACUCACGUGCCUUGCACACCUACCUCACCCCUGAAUUAGACCAACACCUCAAUGUCGGUUAAAACAACACCACUUGCAAAAACUCCAGUGUGGAGACAUCUCCAUCCCCUUUUUUGGGCUGUGGAGAAGAGGAAGGAGCCGAGUGGAAGGUUUGGUAAGA